AUGCUCUUCCCUAUUAUUAUGCUCUGCUUUUUCGCAGCUACUGGCACAGCCUGGGAUGCCCCCGAUAUUCCCGGGUUCCGGAUCAUGUGGCACGACAACUUCAACGGGCCAUCUGGGUAUCUACCAGAUCUUUCCAAAUGGAACAUCCAACAUGGGUACCAGGAUCUAAACGGAGAUCAUCAGGAGUACAGGGCUUCCCCUGAAAACGUCCAUGUCAUGGAUGGCAGCCUUCAUAUCCAUCCGUGGCGCGACCCUACUGCUGCAAAAGGUUGGACAUCCGGUCGUAUCGAGAGCACGUACACCUUCACCCCUGCGCCCGGUGUCAAGACCAUUGUCCAAGCUGGCAUCCGUCUUGGUUUUGCCCCUAAUGGGAGGAAGUUUGGCAUCUGGCCUGCCUUCUGGUUGCUCGGUGACAGCCACCGCACUGGUGGUCCUAUAUGGCCUGCCUGUGGUGAGCUCGACAUUAUGGAGCACGUUAAUGACGAGCAUGAGACUUAUGCCGCAAUUCAUUGUGACAAGUCACCUGGCGGUAUCUGCAAGGAGAGAAAGGGUAUCAUCGGGUCGUACUAUCAUCCGAAUUCGGCUACGGGCUUAGCCACCUACAAAGUUGUCAUCGACCGCACACCAGCGAUGUGGCAGUAUGAGAGUGUAAGCUUCUACGUCGGAGAUGAGCUCUUUCAUACGAUCACGGGUGGGCAUAUCGGCAACCAGGAGGUCUGGAAGACCAUUGCGCAAAACAAGAUGUUCAUUAUUUUCAACGUCGCUGUUGGUGGUGAUUGGCCGGGACCACCUAGUCACUUUACUGCAGAGGGCUCUCAGGUUGGUAUGCAAGUCGGAUAUGUUGCCCAUUAUGAGCAAGAGGCAUCAGCAGAGGAUACAGCCUAUGCGUCUUAUAACUAUCCUUACGGUAAUCCUCCAGACGAAAUGGACUACCCCUACGACAAUAUCCCUCAAAUCCCACCGCCACCGGGUCCACCUCCGCCUCCUGUUGGUGCACCUCCUCCACCACCGCAUCCCGUUGGCGUGCCCGCUCAUAACUUUCCCCGUAUUCCUCGAGUCCCGCAUCACCCGCAUCAACGUCCUUAUAACUAUCCCAAUCUCCCUCCAGGCCGGCCGCCCUAUCUCAGAGGCAUGUCCACGAAUGCCUCCAACCAAGACGUUGAACACACACAGGACUUGCAGUAA